GCCUGGAAAUCAACAUUAGUGUACGCUCUAAAAACGGUUUUAAUCAGUUCAUAGAAUUUCAAACUUGGAAAGUUAGGAAUAUAAUAAUAGAAUGACUGGUAGCAUUACCGAAGACAGUCUUUUAACAACCGCAAACCACGAUCAAGAUGUUGGGAACGACUUAAAAGAUGGUUUUUUUGAGUCAUCACAUACAAUUUCACAACUAGAAAAUACACAAGAUAUGGAACUUGAACAACUUAUUAAAUCAGUUCAGAGGAUGACUGUUCUGUAUUCAUUAGAUAACCGCGAUUGGAAUAAAAAGUUGUUAUAUGUAAUUGAAAGAUGGUUACUAGAGUCAACAGAAACUAUUCUUACAAUAUUUUAUGAUUGCAACGUUCUAACAGGAUGUCUUGGAUUUCCAGUUGCCCCGGUGCUAGAUUUAUGUUACUUUAUACGUUCAUCAAAUCAAAACUUCUCAGUCGACACCUUUCAUGAUUUGGUUCACAAUGGGACAAUUCAUGAUGAUGUAGAUGGUUGCCUCCUUAAUGUCUUGGAAUUUGUUUAUGCCCCCGUCUUUCGUAAUUUUAAAGAAUGGGGAGAUAAUGUAAAGCAGCGUUUCUGUACAGCCCUAGAUAAGUUUCUGGCCUUUUUAACAGGAGCCCAUUUCAAAAUGGCUGGUAUGACGGUUUUAUAUGUACCAUACGUCGUAAAACAAAUCGAUCGAGAAAGCAUAUCCUAUGAAAGAGAGUUUGUUAAGAACUUGGAAGUUAUUGCAGUGUCCUGGGCUACUCAAAUUCGAACACUCCUAAAUGACAAAACACUGCCAGUUUCUAAUGAAUUUAUUAGUGUUGAGGAUGAGUACGAGUUCUGGCUAUACCGUUUUGAAGUUUUACAAGGCCUAAACGCACAAUUAGAACAAGCUGAUGUUCAACAAAUUAUACGAGUUCUGCGUAAUACUCAUUCGGUAUACAUAAAACAGAUUGAUGAACUAAUAUAUGAAUCGAAGCAUGAAAUGGAUGAAGGAAUGUCAAAUAUAAAGUUUUUACAUCUGCUAAUGAAUCCUUGCGCUGAAAUGGAUUUGGCUGAUAGCCCAGUAUUUGUUUCCCAGCUUAUACCUGGAAUAAUUCAUUUAAUUCGAUUCAUUUGGUUAAAUUCAGAAACUUAUAAUCGGCGUGACUUGAUAACUGGGUUGUUCCGAGACUUAAGCAAUCAAAUUAUACGCUUCUGUACGGAAAUAACUAAUAUUGAUAAAAUACUUUCCGGUAGUUCAAGAUUCGGAAUAAAAAUGUGUAAUAUGUGCAUUGAUUGUUGCCUGACUUAUAAAGGAAUGUAUGAUCUUAUGUCAAAAGAACAUGGACGAAUUAAUAGUGAGUACGGUUGGAAUCUGGACAAUGCUAUGAUUUUUAAUCAUGUAGAUGCAUUUAUGGAGCGGCUUAAUGACGUUAUUGACAUAUGCGAAUCAAUGAUCGUGUUUGGCCGAUUAGAUGAAACUGAGAGUAUACCUAAGCCGCAAUUUGGAGGUACCAGUGGAGGAGAAUUCGAGACAACAUCUGCGCGCGUUGAGACUAACUUUUUGGCCACGCUCUCAGCGUUAAGUACCGAUUCGAAAGAAUUAAUAUUAAAUGUGCAUAAAAAUGAAUGGUACGAAGAAGUAAUCAAAUACCGGCGGACAGUUCAAAGUAUGGAAGAAACCGUUCAGCGGCUAGUGUCCAAUGUCUUUCAGCAUGUUUGUAAUAUUGAAGAGGCCUUAGAAUCGCUGAACAUCUUGUUGUUUUAUUCAUAUCGCAAUACAAUUCGGAAGACAUUUUUACGUCAAGUCUCAAAUGUUUGGGUUAUGUUUGCAAAUGAAAUAGAUAGUACUUCCCAAAUGCUGAUGGAUCGUAGUAAAUUGCACGAGUCUUGGGUCCCGUACUAUGCUUCACGUGCUAUUGGGUACCAGAUUAAUCUAGAACGAUUAAAGUGGUUACGAAACCGAUUAAAUUCAUCAGAAUGGUUGCCGAAUGUAUCCGAGGCUUCCAUUGUGUUAAUCAAAUAUGAAGUUCUACGCAAAGAAUUCGACAAAGAGAUUAAAAAGAUAUAUGAUGAAUGGCAGAAAAAUUGUUGUACGUUGAACCAAAAACUGGAUCGGAAUCUUAUUAUCCGAAGUAAAAAAAAAAAAGGUUUAAUAGAAUGUAAUAUUGACCGCACAGUAUUAAUUAUUUGUGAACAAGCUGAGCAUUUUGAGCGCCUUGGAUUUGGAGUACCUGGACCUGUUCGAAAAAUUUAUGAAAAACAUGAAACUCUACGGUUUGUUUAUAAUAGUGUAGUACAGGUGUGCCUUAACUACAACCAUAUACUAUCAGCACUUUCCGAGCAAGAAAGAAAACUUUUUCGCGCCCUUAUUCAGGCAUGUGAUCGCAAGAUUGCACCUGGAGUUUUUAAAUUGACAUAUGGUGGUGAACUUAGCGAUGCUUAUAUUGCAGAUUGCGCAAAGCAUACUAAUAAGCUUCAAGAAACCAUGGAUAUCUAUAAGCGAGCAAAUCUACAUGUUGCUCGGACAUGCGAAAAAAUUUGCGAUACUCCCAUGCUUAAAUUUAAUUUUACAGGUGCGGUUAUAAUAUCACUUUUUGAAUAUCAAAUGACAAACUACAUCCGCCGUGUUACAAAUGUACUUCGGGGGUACUAUAACACUAUUAUCGACUUAUUGUUUGCAGUAUUUAAGGAGUUCCAAUCGGUCAUUGAUGAUAUGGCAAUUGAAUGGUACAGUUUUGUUAAUGUAUUUGAUGACAUGCUUGCAACAGCUUUUCUCACAAGUGCAAGAAACUCUUUGACAAUGGUGUCAUCUGCCCUACAUCGUGAGGCUGACAUGGCAGCUGCGCCUAUACUCGUAAUGGAAUCUGACGUUAAGAAUAGGCAGGUUAUACUAACUCCUGAUAUGGACACAAUUGCAAGUUUACUCAAUGCGAAUAUUGACCGAGUUCACAAUAUACUUGAACAGUUUCCCCGCAUCGCUAAUAAAAUGAAAUUGCCAAAAGAGCAACAGUCUGAUCCAUUUUCUAAAGUUUUUCGAGAAGAUUCGGAAUGCAGGGGAAUUAUUCGAAUUAUUGAAGCAGAAAUAAAUCACGAGCGUGAAGAGAUAGCUGGCUAUGUAUCCUUUUGGAAUAGUCAUAAGGCUUUAUGGGAGACAUCGGAAUCUGAAUUUACAAAACGUGUUAAAUCCACUCCAAUGACGGCCGAUAUUUUUGAGGCAAGCAUUGAAUACUACAGCACAAUGGCAGACGACAUUUCUUUUGUUGAUGCUAUAUCGCAUGUUUACUUUAUACUCAUGAAUCAAAAUUACAUAAAGAAUUCGAUACUUGAUUGGAUUGAAAAAUGGCAGGCUCUGAAUAUUAAAAUUCUGCUAAACCAUUCGUUUUCAUUAAUACGAUGUAGGUAUCAAGUAUCAUUUUAUGUAAAAAAAGGUAAUUUUUUAUUUUACUUUUUAACAGCGAUCUACCGGUAUAUGAGAAGAAACGAACGAAAACUAACAAUGGUGCCACGUACCCUUAAAGAGUCUUUGGCUGCCAAGGAAUUUUUUGAGAAACUAAUUGAAGAUGUGCCGAUUAGGCAAGCCACAUUUCCUCCCAUGCUUGAACUUUUUGCAGUAUUAGACAAAUAUCAAGUCGACAUCCUUGAUGAAAUACGUCAAAAUGUUCUGGGUCUGAACAAUGCAUGGCAACACUAUCUUAAGAAGUUAGCAGAGGCGGAUGAGAUGUUAGACAACAAUCGCGAAGAAUUUAAAAAAAUUUUAUUACAACAGGCCGAAAAGUUUAAAAUUAUUCUCAAAGAAUUUCUUGACGAUUUUUAUUUGAAGUUACCAACUGCUGCUAAUAUAAAUCCAAAAGUUGCACUUAAAUUCCUCAAAAUUAUAGCUCUUAAAGUUGAAGAUUGUUUUAAAUUUGAGGAAAGUUUAAUGCGUGAUCUGUCAGUAUUCAAUGUUAAUCAACCUGAAAGUGUCGACCUCCGGAAGCUGGAAUCUGAAGUUAAAAUUGUACAGAACAUAUGGGAUCUAAUACUUGGCUGGCAAACAAGUUGGGAAGGAUGGAAAAAGGGAAAUUUUUGGAAAAUUAAUAUUAAUGAAAUGGAGGAUUACGCCCUGAGUUUGUAUAAAGAAUUUAGCAAUUUAAGUAAGAAAUUCUAUGAUCGUCACUGGGAAAUGCUUGAAGUGACCACGAAAAAUUUAGACAGCUUUCGACGUACUUUACCAUUAAUAACAGCAUUAAAAAAUCCAUGCAUGCGGGAGCGUCAUUGGAAUCGGGUUCGCGACGUUCUUCAGGUUGACUUUGAUGAGAACUCAAAGAAUUUUACAUUAGAACUGAUUAUAAAUUUAGAUUUUCAAGCGUUUUCUGAAGAUAUUCAAGAUAUAUCAAAUGCAGCUACUAUGGAAUUGCAAAUUGAAAAUGGAAUAAAAAAUAUAGCUUCAGUUUGGAAAAAACAAGGGUUUGAAAUGGCAUUUUAUCAUGAUGGCAUAUAUCGCAUUAAGAACGUAGAGGAUUGUUUUCAGUUACUUGAAGAUCACAUGGUACAGAUAUCAGCUAUGAAGGCUACUCGUUUUGUGGAGCCAUUCAUUGAAAUUGUGGAUUAUUGGGAAAAAACUUUAUCAUAUAUUAGCGAAAGUGUUGAAAAAGGAUUAGUAGUGCAACGGCAGUGGCUUUAUUUGGAAAAUAUAUUUCAAGGUGAUGAUAUACGUAAGCAACUUCCAGAUGAGGCUAAACGAUUUGCGACUAUUACCGAAGAGUUUCAAACUAUAUCUAGCAAGAUGUUCCAAGCUAAGACGGCAGUUAAAGCAACUCACUUACGUGCCCCACCUUUUUUGUUAAAUCGAUUUAACCGCAUGGAUGAACGACUGGAGCUUAUUCAGCGUGCCUUAGAGAUUUAUCUUGAAACUAAACGCCAACUAUUUCCCCGCUUUUACUUUAUUUCAAAUGAUGAUAUGUUAGAAAUAUUGGGUAAUGCUAAAAGACCAGAUUUAGUUCAAACACAUUUAAAAAAGUUAUUUGAUAAUUUAUACAAGCUUGAGCUUAAGAGAGUAGGAAAAACGCUCAAUCGCUGGCAAGGUUCUGGUAUGUACUCUGAUGAUGGGGAAUUUGUAGAGUUUCAACAAGUUCUCUAUAUUGACGGACCCUCGGAACGAUGGCUAAGGCAGGUAGAGGAGUAUAUGUUUACGGUAAUGAAAGAAUUAUUAAAAUUAACAAGAAGAUCUUUAAAAAAACUAAUUGGAAAUCGUGAGAAAUGGAUUUUUCUUUGGCCCGGGCAAAUGGUACUUACCACUGCCCAGAUACAAUGGACUACAGAGUGUACUCGCAGUCUCAUUCACUGUAAUAUGGUCGACCAAAAGAAACCUCUACGAAAACUAAAAAGAAAACAGAUAAAAGUUCUUUCAAAACUUUCAGAGAUGAGCCGAAAAGAACUUACCAAAAUAAUGCGACUUAAGGUAAAUACUCUUAUCACCUUAGAGAUUCAUGGCCGAGAUGUUAUCGAACGGAUGUACAAAGCAAAUUGCAAAGAUACCGGCCAUUUUGAGUGGUUUUCACAACUACGGUUUUAUUGGCACCGUGAAUCAGAACUAUGUAUUAUAAGGCAGACUAAUACCGAGCACUGGUAUGGCUAUGAAUAUACAGGUAAUUCCGGAAGGCUAGUAAUAACUCCACUUACUGAUCGAUGUUAUAUAACGCUGACUACAGCCCUACACCUCCAUCGUGGCGGGAGCCCGAAAGGUCCUGCAGGUACCGGUAAGACUGAGACAGUUAAAGAUUUGGGCAAGGCUUUGGGAAUGUGGGUUAUAGUCACAAACUGCUCAGAAGGUCUAGACUAUAAGAGCAUAGGUAAAAAUUUCUCGGGCCUGGCACAAAGUGGUUCUUGGGGCUGUUUCGAUGAGUUUAAUCGUAUCAAUAUUGAAGUUUUAUCUGUUGUAGCACAACAAAUAAUGUCUAUUAUGGCAGCACUGUCUGCUAAAUCGAUUGAAUUCAUGUUUGAAGGUCAAAUGAUUAAGUUAAAACAUACUGUGGGACUCUUUAUUACUAUGAAUCCAGGAUAUGCCGGUAGAACUGAGCUGCCCGACAACUUAAAGUCUAUGUUUCGUCCUAUUUCAAUGAUGGUUCCAGAUAAUAUAAUAAUUGCGGAGAAUUUGCUAUUUUCUGACGGUUUUACCAAUACGCGAAGUUUAGCGCGAAAGGUUUUUACUUUAUACGAAUUAGCUAAGCAGCAAUUAUCUAAGCAAUAUCACUAUGACUUUGGUCUUCGGUCAAUGGUAGCUCUCUUACGGUACGCAGGUCGGAAACGCCGUCAGUUGCCAAAUACAAAUGAAGAAGAAAUUGUUUACUUAGCUAUGAAAGAUAUGAAUGUAGCUCGAUUAACCGCUAAUGACUUGCCACUGUUUAAUGGAAUUAUUUCUGAUAUUUUUCCUGGCGUUAAUCUGCCUGUAAUAGACUACAGCGAAUUUAACAUUGCAAUAUAUGAAGAAUUUAAGGAUGCUAACUUGCAGCCAAUGUCUAUAGCAGUUAAAAAGGUCAUAGAACUUUAUGAAACAAAAAAUUCCCGACAUUCAGUUAUGAUUAUAGGUGAUACAGGCACAGCAAAAUCAGUAACGUGGCGUAUAUUACAAGGAGCAUAUUGCCGUAUGAAUGCGCAACGAUUCCAAGGCUGGGAGGCUGUAUCUGUGCAUCCAGUAAAUCCUAAAGCAUUGAAUUUGGCAGAGCUAUACGGGGAGUAUAAUUUGGCAACUGGUGAAUGGCUUGACGGUGUGCUCAGUUCUAUAAUGCGUAUUAUCUGCGCAGAUGAAGAUCCAAUGCAAAAAUGGCUGUUGUUCGAUGGACCCGUUGAUGCAGUCUGGAUCGAAAAUAUGAAUUCAGUAAUGGAUGAUAAUAAGCUGCUUACUCUUGUAAAUAGUGAACGUAUAACUAUGCCUGCGCAGGUUUCGCUAUUGUUUGAAGUCGGUGAUUUAGCUGUAGCCUCGCCUGCUACCGUAUCUCGGUGUGGUAUGGUAUAUAAUGACUAUAACGACUGGGGAUGGAAACCUUAUGUUAACUCGUGGCUACAGCGCCAAAAAGUAAAGGAGUUUGCCGAUUUCCUGAAGAUUCAUUUUGAAUUUAUGAUCACAAAAUUGCUUGAGCACAAGCGCACGCGUUGCAAAGAGCCCGUUAAGACCAAUGAGUUAAACGGCGUGAUGUCGUUGUGUAAGUUGCUAGAGGGCUUUGCAACAAAACAGAAUGGCAUAAAUCCACAAAAUUUAGAAUUAUUGGAGGAGAUGACUAAAUUGUGGUUUAUGUUUUGUUUAGUGUGGUCAAUAUGUGCAAGCGUAGAUGAAGAUGGUCGUUUAAGACUUGAUGGAUUUAUACGAGAAAUAGAAAGCUGCUUUCCAAUAAAGGAUACCAUAUAUGAUUACUUUGUAGAUCCACAGAUGCGAACAUUUUUACCUUGGGAUAGCAAGCUUUCAGAUGGUUGGCGAUAUGAUGAAGAAUGUCCAUUUUAUAAAAUCCUUGUUCCAACUGGUGAUACCAUGCGCUACGAGUAUGUAGUAUCAAAACUUUUAUCUGAAGAUUAUCCUGUUAUGCUUGUUGGUAAUGUUGGCACGGGGAAAACAUCAACUGCAGUAAGUGUAAUGGAAGCAUGUGAUAAACACAAGUUCUGCGUUCUUUCCGUAAACAUGUCUGCACAGACCACUGCAGCUGGAUUACAGGAAUCAAUAGAAAAUCGAACCGAAAAACGUACCAAAACACAAUUUUUACCUAUUGGUGGUAAAAGAAUGAUAUGCUUUAUGGAUGACUUCAAUAUGCCUGCCAAAGAUACUUAUGGGUCACAGCCACCAUUAGAGCUAAUACGGCAAUGGAUUGAUUAUAAGUAUUGGUUUAAUCGCAAAACACAGCAAAAAAUAUAUGUCCAAAACACCCUGUUGAUGGCAGCUAUGGGUCCACCGGGUGGUGGUAGACAAAUGAUUUCCAGUCGUACUCAAAGCCGCUUUGUCUUAAUAAAUCUAACUUUUCCCACUCAUGAAACAGUCGUUCGAAUUUUCGGUUCUAUGCUUAGACAGAAACUAGAGUCCUUUUCAAAUGAAGUUCGUGAGAUGUGGCUUCCGAUUACACAAUGUACUAUUUAUUUGUAUUUAGCUGUUAUUGGUAAAAUGUUGCCAACACCAAAUAAGUCGCACUACCUAUUUAAUCUUCGAGAUAUCUCAAAAGUAUUUCAAGGCCUUUUAAGAAGUGCACAGGAACUACAAACAAAAAAAUCGUUUUUCUUGCGUUUAUGGAUACACGAGUGUUUUCGAGUAUUUUGCGAUCGUCUUGUUGACGAUACAGAUUAUCUUUGGUUUCUGAAUACAAUUAAUGAUACUUUAGGAAAACAUUUUGAAGUUACUUUCCAUAGUCUUUGUCCUUCGAAGCAACCGCCACUUUUUGGAGACUUUGUUCACCCACAAGGAUUCUAUGAAGAUCUUGAAAUUGAUUCCUUGCGAGUUUAUAUGAAAACUCAAUUAAAUGAGUUCAACAAUUUUCCGGCGAUGACACGUAUGAAUCUAGUUUUUUUUAAAGAAGCUAUUGAACAUAUUGUAAGGAUACUGAGAGUGAUUUCCCAACCGCGUGGACAUGUUCUUAACAUGGGUAUAGGUGGCUCAGGCCGACAAGUACUUGCCAAACUAGCCGCAUUUAUUUUAGAAAUGGGAAUCUUUCAAAUUGAGGUCACAAAAAAAUAUAAAACAAAUGAUUUACGUGAAGAUUUAAAAAAUCUUUAUAAGUUAACAGGAAUAAAACAGCGUAUCACGCUCUUUGUAUUUAGUAGUGAGCAAAUAGCUGAAGUCUCAUUUUUGGAAAUAAUAAACAAUAUGUUAAGUACUGCUGAAAUAAAUCUUUUCAAGUCUGAUGAGUUUGAUGAAUUAAAAAAUGAACUCGAACGACCAGCAAAGAAAGCUGGAAUUGUAAUGACAACGGAAUCAAUGUACUCAUUUUUUAUGUUAAAUGUACGCGAUUUUAUGCACAUAGCACUCUGCUUUAGUCCUAUUGGAGAAAAUUUCAGAAGCUUUAUAAGGCAAUAUCCUGCUCUGUUAAGCUCAACAACUCCGAAUUGGUUCAGACUAUGGCCUCAAGAAGCUCUUUUGGAAGUAGCUUCUCAUUUUAUGCACGGAUUUAAGCUAAACGUUGUUGUUCCAGGAAAAGAGGAUGAAAAUCAUCGUGAAAGCUUAGUCAUCACUACAGAGAGUGUGCUUCAUCGAGACAUCGCACACGCAUUUUCUAUUAUUCAUUCAAGUGUAGUAAAAAUGUCAGACCUGAUGCUAUUGCAAGUUAAGAGGUAUAAUUACGUAACAUCACCAAAUUAUUUACAACUUGUUAGCGGUUUCAAGGAGCUCCUUGAAAAAAAAAGAUUGGAAGUAUCUACGGCAGCCAAUAGAUUACGUAAUGGCUUAUCAAAAAUUGCCGAAACGCAGGAAAAAGUGUCUUUAAUGUCGGAGGAGUUAAAAAUUAGUUCAGAACAAGUUAAAAUACUUGCUAAAGAAUGUGAAGAGUUUAUAUCUAUGAUUGAAGUGCAAAAGACCGAGGCAACAGAGCAAAAGGAAAAAGUAGAUGCAGAAGCAGUGAUAAUUAGACGCGAAGAAGUAAUUUGUCUCGAUUUGGCCGCCACGGCACGUGCCGACUUAGAAGUGGUAAUGCCAAUGAUUGACGCUGCCGUAAAGGCAUUAGAUGCACUUAAUAAAAAAGAUAUUGCUGAAGUCAAAUCAUACGGGCGCCCGCCCAUGAAAAUUGAAAAGGUAAUGGAAGCAGUUUUAAUACUGCUUGGAAAAGAACCCACUUGGGAAAACGCUAAAAAAGUGUUAAGUGAAUCAACAUUUCUAAAUGACUUAAAAAACUUUGACCGUGACCACAUAUCAGAUAAAACUCUUAAGCGAAUUGCUAUGUAUACAAAAAAUCCGGAACUAGAACCAGAUAAGGUAGCUGUUGUUUCAGUUGCUUGUAAAUCUUUGAUGCUAUGGAUAAUGGCAAUAGAAAACUAUGGGAAAGUGUAUCGAAUUGUGGCUCCUAAGCAGGAAAAACUAGAUAAUGCUAUGAGAUCACUUGAAGAAAAACAAGCAGCGUUAGCAGCUGCUAAAAAAAAGCUUGAAGAAUUGCAAGCAGUCAUUGAAGAGCUGUAUCGGCAAUUGAAUGAAAAAACUCAACUUCUCAAUGAAUUACGAGCAAAAGAAGAGCGCUUGCGAAAACAAUUAGAAAGAGCUAUUAUCUUAGUAGAAUCAUUAUCUGGUGAACGAGAGCGUUGGAUUGAUACGGUUUCUCAAUUAGAUCUUGCAUUUGAAAAACUUCCCGGAGACUGCUUGUUAUCUAUAGCGUUUAUGUCAUAUUUAGGGGCAUUUGAUACAAAGUACCGCGAAGAUUUGUUAUCCAAGUGGUCGCAGUUAAUUAAAGAUCUUCUUAUACCUGCCACAUCAGAAUUAAAAAUAACAACUUUUCUUAGUGAUGCUGUUUCCAUACGGGAGUGGAAUAUACAAGGUCUGCCAGCUGAUGACCUAAGUACAGAAAAUGGUGUAAUAGUAUCACAAGGAAGCCGUUGGCCUCUUGUUAUUGAUCCGCAGAUGCAAGCGAAUAACUGGAUCAAGAAUAUGGAGGCGCAUAAUCAGCUUAUAAUUAUUGACUUUGGUAUGACUGAUUAUAUUCGACAAUUGGAACAAGCACUUAAAGAAGGGCUACCAGUUUUAUUGCAAAAUGUCGGGGAAAAUUUGGACCAAGCCAUUAAUCCCAUACUUCGUCGAAGUUUCACAAUUCAGAGUGGGGAAAAAUUAAUAAAAUUUAACGACAAGUAUAUUUCCUAUAACGAUCAAUUUCGGUUUUAUAUAACAACAAAGAUAGGAAAUCCUCACUACCCUCCUGAAACUUCAUCUAAAACCACUAUAGUUAACUUUGCUCUAAAACAGGAUGGCUUAGAAGCACAGCUAUUAGGAAUAAUAGUGCGUAAAGAAAAACCAGCAUUAGAAGAACAAAAAGAUGAGCUAGUUUUAACUAUAGCACGCAAUAAACGAACUUUAAUUGAUCUUGAUAACGAAAUACUUCGUUUACUUAAUGAGAGCCGAGGUUCAUUAUUAGAUGAUGAUGAGCUCUUCUCAACAUUGCAGAAAUCACGCCAAACUUCUGUACUUGUUAAGGAAUCUCUUACUAUUGCUGAGGUUACUGAGGUAGAAAUUGAUGCAGCACGUCAAGAAUAUAAGCCUGCAUCAGAACGUGCAGCUAUAUUAUUCUUUGUGCUAAUGGACAUGUCAAAAAUUGAUCCAAUGUAUGUCUUCUCACUAGCAGCUUAUAUUUUACUCUUUACGCACUCUAUUGAACGAAGUCCACGUAACCAAUUGAUACAUGAGCGAAUACAGAAUAUCAACGACUAUCAUACUUACUCGGUAUAUCGUAAUACAUGUCGAGGACUUUUUGAAAGACAUAAGCUUUUAUUUUCAAUACAUAUGACAGCAAAAAUACUUUCAAAUGCCGGAAAACUUAUGGAAGACGAGUACGAUUUUAUAUUGAAAGGUGGGAUAGUUUUAGACAAACAAGGACAGGCUCCUAAUCCGGCACCAUGGUGGAUUAAUGAGCAAAACUGGGACAAUAUUACAGAAUUGGAUAAAGUUUCUGGGUUCCAUGGCAUAAUAGAUUCCUUCGAGCAGAAUGUUAAGUCUUGGAAUGCUUGGUACGCGACGACCUUUCCAGAACAAGAGGAUCUUGUUGGUGAGUGGAAUGAUAAGCUCAGCGAUUUUCAAAAGAUAUGUGUUUUACGCUCAUUACGACCAGAUCGUAUUUCGUUCUGUAUGACUCAAUUUAUUAUUACUAAGCUUGGUCCACGAUAUGUUGAUCCGCCCGUUCUCGAUCUAAAAGCUACUUUCGAAGAAUCUAUUUCUCAAACACCACUUAUAUUUGUACUAUCGGCAGGGGUUGAUCCUGCACAAUCACUUAUAACAUUAUCAGAAUCUGUUAAAAUGGCACAGCGCAUGUAUUCCCUCAGCUUGGGUCAAGGUCAAGCUCCUGUUGCAACAAAGCUUAUUAUGGAUGGCAUAAGAGAUGGAAAUUGGGUAUUCUUAGCAAACUGCCAUUUAGCAUUAAGUUGGAUGCCUACUCUUGACAAAAUGAUAACUACAAUGCAAUCCAUGAAAUUACAUAAAAAAUUUAGACUUUGGCUUAGUUCAAGUCCUCAUCCAGACUUCCCCAUAUCAAUUCUUCAAACAAGUAUAAAAAUGACGACAGAGCCGCCUCGUGGAAUAAAAGCAAAUAUGAAACGUCUAUAUAAUAAUGUUAAUGAAGUUAAUAUGGAUACAUGCAAUGACUCCAGUAAAUAUAAGAAACUGCUUUUCGCACUAUGUUUUUUCCAUACUAUACUGCUCGAGCGCAAAAAAUUUUUACAACUUGGUUGGAAUGUUAUAUAUAGUUUCAAUGACUCAGACUUUGAAGUGUCUGAAAUAUUACUGCUUUUAUAUUUAAAUGAAUAUGAAGAGACGCCUUGGGGUGCAUUAAAGUAUCUAAUAGCUGGUGUUAACUACGGAGGACACGUUACCGACGAUUGGGAUCGGCGACUACUAACUACAUAUAUUAAUCAAUUCUACUGCGAUCAAGCAUUAAAUACUCGAAAGUUUCGGCUUUCCGCUUUAACAAAUUAUUUUAUACCUGAUGAUGGUGAUGUACAGACGUACUUAGACCAAAUACAAAUGUUUCCUAAUUUUGAUAAGCCUGAAGCUUUUGGUCAGCAUUCCAAUGCAGAUAUAGCAUCACUUAUAGGUGAAACGCGAAUGCUUUUUGAGACACUCCUUUCAAUGCAAGUACAAACAGCUGGUUCUGAAGGUAGCGACAAUGCAGAGGAUAAAGUUUCUGAUCUAGCUAAAGAAAUAUUAAUGAGUACGCCUGAUGAGAUAAAUUAUGAACAAACUGCUAAGAUAAUUGGAAUAAAUCGAACUCCCCUAGAAGUGGUAUUACUUCAGGAAAUUGAACGCUAUAAUACACUUCUACGAGAAAUGUGCACACAUUUGCGUGAUUUACGGAGGGGAAUACAGGGAUUGGUAGUAAUGAGCUCUGACUUGGAGGAUAUAUAUAUGGCGGUGGCUGAGGGCCGAGUUCCAUUACAAUGGUUAAAAGCUUACAGUUCUCUAAAGCCAUUAGCUGCUUGGGCACGGGAUUUAACUCUUCGUGUUGCCCACUUCAACACAUGGGCAAAAACGCUCCGCUCACCAACUCUUUUUUGGCUAGCAGCCUAUACUUUUCCUACUGGAUUUGUUACGGCAGUAUUACAAACUUCAGCUCGUUCUACCAAGACGCCUAUUGAUGAAUUGUCUUGGGAGUUUUAUGUAUUUGUUGAAGAAGAUGCAGCUGCCGCUCGUAUUAUUCGUGAAGGAGGUGGCGUGUAUAUACGUAAUUUGUUUCUGGAGGGUGCUGGAUGGCUCAGGAAAAAUCAAUGCCUGCAAGAUCCACUUCCCAUGGAAUUGAUCAGCCCUUUACCCGUAAUACACUUUAAACCAGUCGAAAACCUUAAAAAGCGCUCAAGGGGAAUUUACCAGUGCCCAGCCUAUUAUUAUCCAAUACGAUCUGGAUCCUUUGUUAUAGCCGUAGAUUUGAAGUCCGGUAGUGAGACAGCUGAUCAUUGGAUAAAGCGAAGUACAGCUAUAUUAUUAAGCCUAGUUAACUAAUUAUAUAAAUGUGUUUCAGUAUUUUAAAUAAAUAAGUAACACAAAAUA